AUGGUGAAGAAGCAAGUCGAUUCGAGAGUUCACACUCUCAUUAAGAACUGUGUGCAAACCAAGCACCGAUCUUUCUUUGUUGUUGUUGGAGACAAGGGAAAGGAUCAGAUCGUCAACCUUCAUUGGCUUCUUUCCCAAGCCCAAGUCACCAAGCGCCCCUCAGUUCUUUGGUGUUACAAGAAAGAGCUUGGAUUCACCAGUCACCGAAAGAAGCGUGAAAACAAGAUUAAGAAUGACAUUAAGCGUGGUAUUCGAGAGGCAAACACCGAGGAUCCAUUUGAACUUUUCAUUACCGUCACCAACAUUCGUUACGCAUACUACAAGGAGACACAGAACAUUCUCGGUAACACUUACGGCAUGUGUAUUCUCCAGGAUUUCGAGGCUAUUACACCCAACACCUUGGCCCGUACUAUUGAAACUGUAGAGGGAGGAGGAAUGGUAGUCUUGUUGCUCAAGAGCAUGAACUCCUUGAAACAACUGUACACUAUGACUAUGGAUGUCCACUCGAGAUACCGUACCGAGGCUCACAGCGACAUUGUGGCCCGUUUCAACGAACGUUUCAUUCUCUCCUUGGGAUCAAGCGAAAACUGCUUGGUUGUUGAUGACGAGCUCAAUGUUCUCCCUAUCAGUAAAGGAAAGAGUGUAAAGCCCUUGCCUAUCAAGGUUGCAGAUGAGGCAAAGUCCGCUGAAGCAAUUGAAUUGGAGGGAUUAAAGGAAUCCUUGGCUGAUACUGAACCCGUUGGAUCGCUUGUCAAGUGCACCAAGACUGUUGAUCAGGCUAAGGCUGUUUUGACUUUCAUUGAUGCUAUUGCCGAGAAAUCGCUUCGCAGUACUGUUGUUUUGACUGCUGCUCGUGGUCGUGGUAAAUCUGCUGCACUUGGUCUGUCAAUGGCUUCUGCUGUGGCAUAUGGCUACUCCAACAUCUUUGUUACCUCCCCCAGCCCCGAGAACUUGAAGACUCUCUUUGAGUUUGUUUUCAAGGCAUUUGAUGCCCUUGGUUAUGAGGAACAUUUGGAUUACGAUAUUGUUCAGUCUACAAACCCUGAAUUUAACAAGGCCAUCGUUCGUGUUAAUAUCUUUAGACAGCAUCGUCAAACUAUUCAGUAUAUUCAACCCGAAGAUGCCCAUGUGCUUGGUCAAGCAGAAUUGCUCGUUAUCGAUGAAGCUGCUGCCAUUCCCCUUCCAAUUGUUCGCAAAUUGUUGGGUCCAUACCUUGUCUUCAUGGCCUCCACAAUCAACGGUUAUGAAGGUACUGGUCGCUCAUUGUCUCUUAAGCUCACCCAGCAGCUCCGUGAACAGUCUCGUGCUUUGAACAACUCCAAGGAACCUGCAAAGGGAGCCGAGAACAAUUUAGGAGGUCGUGAUGUACAGGCUAAGAAGAGUCAGGCUGACGAUCCCGCUACUACUGCUGUACUCAGUGGUCGUACCCUCAAGGAGAUCAAGUUGGAAGAGCCAAUUCGUUAUGCACCCAACGAUCCUGUUGAGAAGUGGCUUAACAAAUUGCUGUGCUUGGACGCAUCUAUUGUUUCCAAGAACAUCCAGGGCUGCCCUCAUCCUUCUGAGUGUGAGCUCUUCUACGUCAACCGCGACACUCUUUUCUCUUACCACCCCGUCAGUGAAACAUUCUUGCAGCGUAUGAUGUCUCUCUACGUCGCUAGUCAUUAUAAGAACUCUCCUAACGAUCUUCAAUUGAUGAGUGAUGCUCCCGCUCACCACUUGUUUGUAUUGUUGCCUCCUGUACCUGAAAACAGCACCAGUCUUCCAGAUCCAUUGGUGGUUAUCCAGGUUUGUUUGGAAGGUGAGAUCUCGCGCCAGUCUGUUAUGAACUCUCUGUCCCGCGGCCAGCGCCCUGCUGGCGAUAUGAUUCCCUGGCUCGUGUCUCAGCAAUUCCAGGACGAUGACUUUGCCAGCUUGUCUGGUGCUCGUAUUGUUCGCAUUGCCACUCACCCCGACUAUGCCAACAUGGGUUACGGAUCCAGAGCCCUUGACUUGCUUGCUUCAUUCUACCAGGGAGAGAUUUCUGACAUGAACGAAGCUAUGGAUAUGGAUGAAGAGACUCUGGUUCGUGUGGAUGAUGAUGAGCUUGAAACUGCUGAUCUCAAGACAGACCAGAUCAAGGUCCGCGAUCCUCGUAAGAUGCCUGCUCUCUUGACAAAGCUUUCGGAAGUUCGCCCCGUUCAACUCGAUUACCUUGGUGUUUCAUUUGGUUUGACCCCCAAUCUCCACAAGUUCUGGAAGCGUGCUGGCUACGUUCCACUUUACCUCCGUCAGACAACCAACGACCUCACAGGAGAACACUCUUGCGUAAUGAUCAAGACCUUGACUGGUGGUGGGCGUGUGGCCAACACUACCUGGCUCGAUGCCUUUGCCCGUGAUUUCGCUAACCGUUUCCUCAACCUACUUUCUUACGAAUUCCGCAACUUUACUUCUGUAAACGCAUUGAGCAUCCUUGAGGCUGCCAAGCACGGCCGUGAUAGUGAGGCCGAUGAAGCACAUGAAUUGACUAAAGAACAGCUCGAUUUGUUCUUUACUCCUUACGAUCUGAAGCGUCUUGACUCAUAUGCCAACAACAUGCUUGAUUAUCAUGUGAUUCUCGAUAUGAUUCCCACUAUUGCCAAAAUCUACUUCAAGGAUGAGUGUUCUCCAGAUCUUAAGCUGUCUGGUAUCCAGAGCGCUAUUUUGCUUGGCGUUGGUCUCCAGCGUAAAUCUAUUGACGAUCUUCAAAAAGAAUUAUCUCUUGCAAGUAACCAAGUGCUGGCUCUAUUUGUCAAGGUGAUUCGUAAGAUCAGCCAAAACUUUAGAAAGAUUGAGAGCAAAGCAAUUGAAAGCACAAGCCCUGAACUCCAAAAGAAGAAACAAGAGGCCGAGGCAGCAUUACAAGCAGAAAACCCCGACAAGAAGGAUAUUGAGGACGAGGAGGCAUGGCGGCCACUGACUGAGGACUUGGACGCUGCUUUAGAAGAGGCAGGAAACGAGGCUAUUGAAGGCCUUAAGUCCAAACAGCGCGAACUUAUUGAUUCUUUGGAUCUUACAAAAUACGCCAUUGGUGGUAAGGAAGAAGACUGGUCUGCUGCUGAAGCACAGGUUGGCGCAUUGAAGACCGGCAAGAAGGUUGUUAGUUCAGUAAUCAGCAUCAAAAACGAGAAUUCAUCAAAGAAGCGCAAGCUGACUGAGAGUGCCAUGCAGAUGGCCAAGAAGGAGAGAGAGCGCAAGACUGGCGGAAAGCAGAAGAUGUCCAAAAAGACAAAGCGCUCAUAGACUAGUACACAUGUUUCUAUAUAUAUAUAUAAAAGAUUUCAAUAAACAAUAAUCCCAUUGCAUUU